GUCCCGCCCGCCGGGCCUCCUCUGAGCCGCAUGGGCCGGGCCGCCCGCCCGCCCCGGGACCGGGACCCGCCGCCGCCGCGCGGGACAGAUUGAUUCACUUUGGAACUAUAUGUACUGGUGUACUGAGAUUAGGGUGCUGCAAUCAUUAUCUCUUGAGGAACACAGAGCCCCAAAAUGAAUGUCCAAGAACAGGGUUUCCCCUUGGACCUUGGGGGGAGCUUCACUGAAGAUGCUCCCAGGCCCCCAGUUCCUGGUGAGGAAGGUGAACUGGUUUCCACAGAUCCCAGACCAGUCAGCCACAGCUUUUAUUUUGGGAAAGGCGAUGGGAUUAAAAAUGAGACUUCCACGGCCACCCCGAGGCGAUCAGAUCUGGAUUUGGGGUAUGAGCCUGAAGGAAGUGCUUCACCUACACCCCCAUAUUUGAAAUGGGCUGAGUCAUUACAUUCUUUGCUGGAUGAUCAAGAUGGAAUAAAUCUAUUUAGGACUUUCUUGAAGCAAGAAGACUCUGCAGAUUUGCUAGACUUCUGGUUUGCCUGCAGUGGCUUUAGGAAAUUGGAGCCCUGUGACUCCAAUGAAGAAAAGAGGCUUAAGUUGGCAAAAGCUAUUUACAGAAAAUACAUUCUUGAUAGUAAUGGUAUCGUAUCUCGUCAGACUAAACCAGCUACAAAGAGCUUCAUAAAAGAUUGCAUCAUGAAGCAACAUAUUGAUCCUGCCAUGUUUGACCAGGCCCAAACUGAGGUCCAAUCUAUGAUGGAGGAUAACACCUACCCCUUGUUCCUUAAAUCAGAUAUUUAUUUGGAAUACACGAGGACGGGUUUGGAAAGCCCUAAAAUCUUUAGUGAUCAAAGCCCUGGGUCAGGGACGGGGAAAGGUAUACCUGGAUAUUUGCCCACUUUGAAUGAGGAUGAGGAAUGGAAGUGUGACCAAGAUGCAGAAGAAGAUCAUGGCAGAGAUUCCGCUCCAGCCAGCAGGCUAACUCAGAAGUUACUAAUGGAAACAGCACCCCAACGGGCCUCAUCAAAUAGGAGAUACAAUGAAAGCAGAGAAUUCAGGCAUGGUUCAUGGAGGGAACCUGUCAAUCCUUACUAUGUCAAUUCUGGUUAUGCUCUUGCACCAGCCACCAGUGCCAAUGAUAGCGAACAGCAGAGUAUGUCCAGUGAUGCCGACACAAUGUCCCUCACUGAUAGCAGUGUAGAUGGAGUACCUCCUUACAGAACCCGAAAACAACAUCGAAGAGAGAUGCAGGAAAGUGUCAAAGCCAAUGGACGGGUACCACUACCUCACAUUCCUCGUACUUAUCGAAUGCCAAAGGAAAUCCGUGUUGAACCACAAAAGUUUGCAGCAGAGCUUAUCAAUCGGUUGGAGGCUGUCCAGCGGACGAGGGAAGCAGAGGAGAAAUUAGAAGAACGUCUAAAACGUGUCCGAGCAGAAGAAGAAGGUGAAGAUGCAAAUGUCUCUUCUGGUCCUUCAGUAGUUAGUCACAAGCUGCCUUCUGCACAGACCUUGCACCAUUUCCCUCCCCGUUAUGGAGAAAUGGGCUGCGCUGGGAUACGAGAUGUCCAUGAGGAAAAUCCUGAGAGCAUCCUUGAUGAGCAUGUACAGAGGGUCAUGAAGACACCAGGUUGCCAGUCCCCUGGACCUGGCCACCAUUCCCCAAAGCCACGCUCCCCAGACAACAGUCAUGUAGCUAAGAUUCCAGGGACACUGGGUACAGGACCUCCUGGACAUAGCAAACACAGUACAAAAUCAGGAAUGAAACUAGAUGCAGCUAAUUUAUACCAUCACAAACAUGUCUACCACCACAUUCAUCACCACAGUGUGAUGAAACCAAAAGAGCAGAUUGAGGCUGAAGCCACUCAAAGGGUUCAGAACAGCUUUGCUUGGAAUGCAGAGUCACAUAACUAUGCAACCAAAUCUCGAAACUACAAUGAAAGCAUGGGGCUAGCUUCAAAUCCAAUGGAUGCAUUGGGCUAUAGUGGCAAAACUAGUAUGCUCUCAAAAAGAAAUUCAAAGAAAGCUGAUUCAGGGAAAAGUGCUGGUCCCAACUAUGAAAUGCCUGGGUCUCCAGAAGAUGUGGAGAAGAACCAGAAAAUCAUGCAGUGGAUAAUUGAAGGAGAAAAGGAAAUCAGCAGGCAUAAAAAAACAAACCAUGGGUCUUCAGGGACUAAAAAGCAACUGGGCCAUGAUAGUUCCAGACCCCUUUCCAUUGAGCGUCCUGGUGCUGUCCAUCCUUGGGUGAGCGCUCAGCUCCGGAAUAUUGUCCAACCUUCUCAUCUUUUCAUCCAAGACCCCACAAUGCCACCUAACCCAGCACCAAACCCCCUGACUCAGCUGGAAGAAGCCCGAAGGCGCCUGGAAGAAGAAGAGAAAAGAGCUGGAAAACUGCCUACCAAGCAGAGGUAUGUGCAAGAGGUUAUCCAGCGGGGUCGCUCUUCUGUCAGGCCAGCUUGUAUGCCAAUGCUGCAUGUGGUACCAGCUGUCUCCGACAUGGACCUCUCCGAGUCUGAGGCAAAGCUCCAGAAGAAAUUGGGGAAUAGCAGUGCCCCACCAUGUGAUACCAUUGUUGUAGCUUAUUACUUCUGUGGAGAGCCAAUCCCUUACAGGACCUUGGUCAAGGGGCGUGUGGUCACCCUGGGUCAAUUCAAAGAGCUACUGACCAAGAAAGGGAACUACAGAUAUUACUUCAAGAAAGUGAGUGAUGAAUUUGACUGUGGGGUUGUGUUUGAGGAAGUUCGAGAAGAUGAUGCCAUCUUGCCCAUUUUUGAAGAGAAGAUCAUUGGGAAAGUGGAGAAAGUUGAUUAAUCCCCUAGACUUCCCAUCUCCCACACUCUUCCAGAUUGGGCACCACUGCCAAGGAAUUCGGAAACAGAGAGCGGUGCCAGGAUUGGCAGCAGGAUGCUCUCUAUCCCAAAGGGCACCAUACAGACCCCGUUGGGUUGUAACCUCCUGUGGACCCUCCCCAGUCGCCACUGUCCACAAGGGGUUGAGGAUUUCCCUUUGAGAACCUGCCUACAUGCAAAAUAUCCUAUGUAAUGUAGUGUUGUACAGUUGUACUAGAAAGUAUAUGACCUUGUUUACUAAAGCUCAUAUUUUUGAUAUAUUGUAAUAAAGGAAGAUAUUUCCAGUGUCA